AUGUCACGUAAAUCCAUUAUCAAAAAUUCACUGAGUGGAUCAGUGCCUACAUUGAAUGAAUCUGAUGCUGACAUAAAGGAGAUGAUAUUUCUCAAAUGUCGUGCAAAAUUAUUACUUCAGAAGAAAUUAAAAUCUAAUAAAUCAUUUAAUCAAUCUGAUAUAGAGAAGUUGAUUAUAAAAAUGCGCAACACUCAACCACAAGAACGUAUGAUCUAUGCUACUGAAAGUGGGUUACGUAUGAAAGCUUAUAAAAAGUUAACAAAUAAUUAUGAUCGUAUACUUUUAUCAUAUCGACAAAUUGAAGCUAUCUUUUUAGUACAAGACUUAAAAAAUGUGCUCAUAUUGGGCAUAAACGGUGCAAAUGGACAGAAACGUGCUUAUGAAUGUUUACAAGUUACGGAUAAUGAUGAUUUUAUUAAAUUACGUACACUACUAUUGAAAGCAUGCAAUGAUGAUGAUCGAAAGUUGGUUGGCGUGCGUCCACUCGGUACGCUGUCCAUGAUCUCAUUAGACAAUGCCUCAUCUAGACGUGGAUCACUUGGUUCCAUUAUUUGGACACAACAGGAUGAUUUUAGUGAAGGUGAUAACCAACAAGAGAAUGAUCCUCUUCAACGAGAUUUAGCAGAGAAUAGAAACGAUGUGCACAGAACUAUGACAUCGUAUGGAAGUACUGGCUCAGUACCGAAUAUUUCUUCAAGUAGUCCAUUUAAUGAAGAACCUGAGAAUCACAUGAACACUAAUAAUGAGUCAUCUGAUACAGAUGAUAAUGACAUUGUAGAUUACCAUAAUGGCUCAAUUGGGGAUGCUCUGAACGAAAUUGAUAGUCGUCAAAUGUAUAACUCGAAAGAACCUUUGAUAACGCCAAUAUUCUAUGGAAAUGAAGAUGCACCAAUGUUAUACUAUAAAUCCACUGGUCCGAAUACAUCGUUGGAUGAUAGUGAUGAAUUGACGGAUUUAUAUCCACCAUGCGAUUGGCCAGCUGGUGUCACCUUUAUUCAUCCUGAUCCUGUGUGUGGUGUUAAAGUCUCACACCUUGGUUCUGUUUUUCUAUAUUGUGAAAGGGUAGUCAAUUAG